ACCCAGAACAAUAAUCCGUUCGAUCGUCGUCGGCGGCGUGCUAGAGAAACCGAGAAACGAACGUUUCAGAGACGGGGCAUCGAGAUAUAAUACUUUUUAAUAUCGCGUGAACCGUCUCCCGCGCAGAGUAUAAACCAAUCGUAGGGUAUAUUAUAAUACAAUAAUAACACUGCUAUCGUUGCCGUGCGUGUUAAAAAACAUAUUUUUUAUUUUCUUUUCCGGUUUCGAAACGUGGUGGCCGCGGCACACACCGGAUACGGUUGGUCACACCACAUUUUACGUUGUGAUUCGCGUGCGUGUGCGUGCGACGUAAAUAUUUGUUGUGUUUACAUGUUAUUACUUAUUAUUAUUUUUCGUGUCGAAACCGAAUAAUUGCUAUGGACCGUCCGCCGUGUACGGUAUUUCGCCGUCCGUGAACAUCGUUUAAUUGUUAUUUAUUUUAUCUUUUAGGUGUACACAUGUAGAAUUAUUUUUUUAUUUUGAAAUUUCGUUAUUUUUUUUUUAUGAUUAUUACUGAACUUAACUUUGCCGCCGCCGCUGACCGUUGCCGACCGUCACCAGGAGGAGGACGUCCGUCAACGUCGCCGUCACCACCGCCGUUCACCGUUCGCCGCGUCCGCCGUCGCCGUCGUCGCGCGAGUCCGUCGACUUACGUAAUUUUCGCCGUUUCCCGGUUACGUAGUGUGCACAAUAAUCUUCACCAAUGGGGGACCGGGUGUACGCGGCCGAAAAGCUCAUGAAGAAGCGUGUCCGAAAGGGCAGAGUUGAAUAUCAUGUUAAAUGGAAAGGAUGGGGACCUAAGCACAAUACUUGGGAACCCGAAGAAAAUAUUAUUGACACCAGGCUUAUUGAUAUUUUUGAGCAAAGCCAAAUCCGUACAGAUAAUAGUUCUCAUAAACGAGGCCCUAAAAGAAAAACACAAAAUGCACACAUUGAAACACCAACUACAGAACCUACCCGAAGUGACUAUGAAGAUGAAACUGCCGAUGGUGAUGUACCUGAUUAUAACAGCCAGGAUGAAGCUGAAGUACUUCCAGAGUCUACUAAUGGAGCACCUUUGUUACCCAGACAUGACGAUGACACCGAAGAAGAUAAAACAAUUGAUGAUGACUCAUUGGAAGAAAUGCCAAAGUUAAACGCAGCGGUAAAGGUUGAAGUGAAAGAUGAAAAAGUAAGUGAAGAAAAAAAGUCACCAGUCAUAGAAGUCAAUGAUACACGAGAAGAAGAAAAGUUAACUCCAGUGGUGAAACCUGCACCUUCACUUCUAGUUCCAUCUACACCAAAGCAGUCUUCCAAAUCACCUCCACCUUUACCUAAACCUCAUAAAGUUAAACGCAAAGCAGAGGUUUUGUCUAAAGAAUCUGGUAAAGUUGGUGUUACUAUAACUACUAGUCCUCCUGUGACAGAUUCUAAAGUGCCCAAAUUACAAUCUCCCCCCAAUAUUCAAAACACCAAUAGUUUGCCUCCAGUAGUACCUACUCAAGAUGGCGGAAGAACUCCUAAAAGAAAAACAUCAGAACAUGCAGUCCCCGCAGUUUUGACAAAUCAAAUUUCUCCAGCUCCAGAAAAUCAACAUAUAACACUGACGGCUAUACUUCAAAGUACUCCAACAAGUGUAAAGUCAAGAGACACUUUAGCUGCAGCAGCACCCAUCAGUUCUCGAACAUCUGGUGAACCAGCUAGGCCACAGGAGGAUGCUGCAACGGCUGUAACUCAAGGGGCUGGAGGUCAACAUCAGGUACUAGAUACAGCUUCUGUUGCCGAAACUCCUACUCAGCGUUUACAGUACAAGACAAUACUGGCAAACCCUGGACCAGAGUAUUGGCUUGCGCGCAAUCCAGUUGUAGAUAAUGUUUUUAUUACUGAUGUGACAGUUAAUUUAAAUACUGUUACAAUAAGGGAAUGUAAAACAGAAAAAGGAUUUUUUAAGUCUAGUGUUGAAACUAGAAUUUAAAGAAAUUUAUGUUGAGAUUUUAUUUAAUUAAUAAUCCUAUGGUGUUAGAUAUAAUAGGUAGGAGCAAUAUUUUUCUUUAUGGCUAGUUAAUAGAUAGUUAUAACAGUUAUUAGUAAAAUAUAAAUAUAUUUUUAAAACUAUUUAUAUAUAUAUAUAUAUAUAUGUAUAUAUAUACAUACAGGGUGAUUGGUGAAGCUGUGUUUCAAGCACUGAAUAAUAUAUACAUUUUGAAACAAUGAGAAGUUAUUUGUUUGGAUGGUUUUUUAAGCUAUGUUAUCAUCUCAUAAUAUGAGAUAAUUUAUAAUUUUGUAAUUUAAGUGACUUUCAAAUAUUUUGUAUUUUGCUCAUUCAAUGUUCCGACAUGAAGUUCAUUGCAAAUGUUUUGUCAUGUAAACAUUUUUAUACUUCUGAAAUUUAAUAUUUUUUGUCUUUAAAUGUUCUUGACAGAAUUUAUAGGUCUUCCAUUUGGACAAACAUAAUCUAUUUCAGUGAUUUAUUCAAGCCUAUACAUCACCCUGUAUAGUAAAUAUAGAAAAUUCUUCAAAUUGAUUUUUGUGAGCUGCAUAGCUAAACAGAUUUACAUUUCUAGUUUUUUCUGUAAUAGUUUUAAUGUCUUUCAAUCAGAUCUUGAUUACAAUAUUUUGACUAUAAUAAUGUGAAUGUUUAUUUUAUAUUUAAAUGAGCGAUCGGGAUCGGACUUAUGUGCUUAAAAAUAAGUACAAACAAUUCUUCCCUAAUAUAUUCUAAGAGUCAAUUUGAAAUAUAACAGUAUUUAUAGAUUACCUAAUAAUAAUUAAUAUUGUAAUGAACCACUUGAUUUUAUAAUAAUGGGUUACAAGAUAAUUUAAUAUUGUGUAUGUCAUAUUUUUUAAGUUUUAAUUUUAUUAUUGUGUAUUAACUCAACAUAUGUGUUAUUGAUUUCCUCUAUUAGUGAGUUUACAGAACCAAUUUUAUCAAACCCAAAUGAUCUCUAGUUUAUCAUAAAUUUUGUUUAUAUACAUACUAUUAUAUUCAUGCUGAUAGCAAAAUAAAAUUAUUUAUUCCAAGCUUAAUUUAAAGUGAAUACAGUUAUAACAAUUGUUGAAAAUCCAAGUUAAAUAAAUAUUAUAGUCUAAAUUGUACUUCUAAAAUGGUAUAGGGGAAUCAAAUUAAUUUCCAAUAAUCUGAAAUCUAAUUAUAUAAAAAUUAGGAACAAAUAAAACUUAUAAAUUAAUAAGAAAAAAAAACUAUAAAUAUGAAUUUCUUGUAUAUUAUAUUUUCUUCUAGUUUAAUACUAUUUAUGAUUAUUUAUAAGUGUUAUUUGUUGUUUAAACUAUGUUUCUCUUCAUUGCUUUUCCUCUUUACACUUUUUAAUUUAUUAUUUUACCUAACAUUUUUUUAACAUUAUUAUUUGUAUUAUCAUUAUUAUGAUUAUGAUUGCACAUUAAUUUCACUAUAAUUUUUAGCACCCGAUAUUCAACAAACAAUUAAGUAGUUUUCUAUUUUGUUUGAGGAUUGUGCCGUACUAUUACCACGGAUUAGAUACAACUUUAUAUAAUCUGUGCUAUUACUUUGUUAUUUUUUUUUUUAUUGUUUCAUGGGAGAUACGGUACACUUCCUUAACAAAUUAAUAGUAAAUAAGUUCUAACAUUCAACAGUUAAUUUAUAAUUAUUGUGUUUAUUUGAUUAUUUUAGUUAAGUUUUAAAUAACAAAUUACGUAACUGUAUCACUGGUUAUUUUACGUAGGUAUUAUUAAAAAUUAAAUAUAGUAUGCUUCGUUUCGUUUAAGUUUUCACAUGGAAAAAAAUAUUGUGUCCAACUUUAUGAUCUUAUGUAAGACACAUUGUGGUUUGUUUUAAACCUUAAUUUUUAUUUAUUCAAUUUCUUAACUGUUAUUGACUGUAUACGAAAUUCCCAAAAAAACCCAAACUAAUGCGUUAUAAUGCUGUCUCUAUUUACCCAUCUCUCUAGUCAUGGCCGGUCUUUUCUAAUUGAAAUGAAUGUAUUGUUUUUUUUUUUCUAUGAAAAUGUAACGUUUUAUUGUUAUUAAUUAUUGUGAAUUUUGAUGCAAAAGUAUUAAUUACAGGACACGAUAUUAUAAGUGGCAUAUUUUUGUGUUGCAAUAUUUACAUUGUAGGAGUUUUACUAUAGUUAUAUGUGCCUUUGUAAUAAAUGUCGAGGAUGUUUAAAUAAUA